UUAUUUGAAUUUAUUUCUAGGUUCUGGGGCAAAGUUUGCAGAUGACUUUGGAUAAAAUAGCAGAGCACACUCCCAAGUAUCAGACGAUGUCUAAGCACCUAGGGUUCCUGGGAAUGCCCCAGAUGUUCGAGGUCUUGGAGUUCGAUGUUCUUCAAGAGAAAGUCUCCCUCCAUGUUCCCCUUCACAGGUUUUUGGUCAAUCUUGUCGGAGAAACUGCAAAGUAUGAUUUGCAUUCAACAAUUCUUCGACGGAUAGAGAACAGUCUUCCUCUUCUUAAUCUAGUAGAACCUGUUCUUCAAGUUCUAGUCAUCAUAUCACAGAUAAAUGCUGGUAUGUGGAGACGGAAUGGUAAUCAGGCAGACUCUCAAGCCUUUAUUUACAAUAACAGAACCUUCUUCCCGGGUAUUAGGGAAGCUGAUCUUCUUCUGCUGCAAGUUGGGGCUGCGCUUACACCUAAUAUUGAUCAGUAUCUGGUUAAUAUACUAGCUAGGUUUAAGUUGACUAAAUGGGUAACUGGGGAUAUGGAUACAGAAUCUGUUGUACGAAGUGAGGAGUUUGUGGAGAAGUGCAACGCUUUAGCGGAGCAUUGGUUGAAUCUUGUAAUAGCUAUGGUUGGAGAGAGGUUUACUGAUGGUGUAGGGUCUGGUAGCCUAGUUAGUCCUAGACUAGAGUUAAGACGUGAUAUUCUUCAUCUACUCUGUAUUGAACCUUUACCUCACUCAGUUAUUGUCAAGAGAAUUCCAUCAAUCAAAGAUUCUGAGUGUGAGCUUGAUGAGAUAUUGGAUGAAAUCUCUGAGUUAAAAAGUAGCACAAAGAAUCCUGGGAAGAAGGUUUAUUAUCUUCGGAGUGGGUUGGAGGAGGAGUAUAAUAUGUUCUUCUACGGGUACAGUAAGGAGCAGCAGACAGCAGCACAGGAGUACCAGCUUAAUACCAGACUGAAGAAAGGCGACCCUUGCCCUCCCCCUGACCUCCCCUCCCUGUCCCCCCUCUUCUCCGGCCUCGAACGUGUCCUGGAGUCCUCCGUCCUCCUCCAGGCUGUGUCCUGCACCCUGCGAAGGAUCGCAGACACUUCAACCUCCCGGAGCAAAUACGUCCUGGAGAGUCAUGUUCACAAGGUUCUAUUCCUGGUUGGGCUCGGCCUCCGACAGGACGCCUCGACCUCGAGUUCUAGGUUCACCAGCCUCCUCAACCAGCACGGGGUCAUUGACCUCAUUCAGCGCAUGGUCAACUCAAGACCUGACCUCCCUGAGCAUAUCAACAAGUUGGCCUCCUGGAUCCUCGGUCAGGGCACCCGGAGGACGGAGGACAGGGUAGAGGAUAUGGAUACUAGUGAGGGGUCCUCCGAUCUACUCAGAAAGAGACGAGCUGAGGCCGCGGCAGCGCGCAAGGCUAAGAUAUUGGCGCAAAUGUCGCAAAUGCAGAAAACAUUUGCCACCGAGAACAAGACUCUACUAGAUAGUAUUCAGGAUGAUAAAGAACCCAUGGCAGUGGAUACAGAACAAGAUAUUCAGAUGGUGACAGUGUGUUUGGGUCCCCAGCAAACUGAGAUUAAAGAAGCAAAUACAAGACAUCAAUGUAUACUGUGUCAGGAAGAGGAGAGUAUAGGAUCUGUACACCCCCUGGUGAUGGCUGCGUACAUACAGCGUACAACAACUCUUAGCCAGGUUGGAAGUUGGAAUGGAUCUGGAGAGAGAACAUUUCCAUCUCCAGGCCUACAUCUAGAAGCCAGUAGAGUAUGUUCUCCACAUGUUUCAUCCUGUGGACAUAUUAUGCACGCCAGGUGCUAUCAGAAGUAUUUUGACAGUCAAGUUGCCAAAGAGAGAGAUCGUAAUAUAAAUCUUAUUACAAGAAACUUUAUGAACUAUGAUGUCCAAGAUGGUGAAUACACAUGCCCUAUCUGUGAGAGAUUAAGUAACACUGUUCUUCCAGUUCUACCUCCCCUUUCUUCACUAAGGAAAAAGCAGUCUAAAGCUCCAGUCCCAGAGUUAGGAUUGAACACCUUUGUCAAGGUUAUCAAGGAUGUUGCUGACUCCUGUACUCCCAAGGAGAAGCAAAAGGAAGGAGAGGAGGAAGAGAAGGAGAAGAAGAAGGAUGAGGUUUCAUGUUUUCUCUCCUGUCAUUCUAAGCAGAAAACUCUUAGGGAGUUGACUCUGGCAUAUGGAUCUGAAGUUAGGGACUCAUUCAAGACAUCUCUCAAGGAUGAUAAGCCUCCUGUUGUAGAGGAGAUGCAGAACAUGAUGUCUGGGUUCUGUAUGGCAGUGUACACCCGGAGUCAAGACGUGAAUCCAGAUGAAAUGGAUCCAAGGGUUCCUCUGCUUCUUCAUCAGGCUGUGUCAACCACUCUUUUAAGUUUAGACCUUCAACUUCAGCAAGAGUCGAAACCUUUAUUUGGUAGUUUAAACACCAGGGAUGACGAGUUAGUUCGCCACCUUGUCAGAUUAAUUGGUUCAUAUCCAGCCUGUUGCAGAGUUCCUUAUAGGUGUAAGGUUCUUCAGGACAAUGGUUGCUUUCUGCUCAACUCUAUGUUUGGAGAUGGUGGUAGUGUACGGUGUGUAUUUGACCUGGAUAUGUUUGGUCUGCUGGUCAGCUUAAUCUCAUCUCUACCUGGACUAUUCUACUCAGAGACUUCAACUCCACCCAGGGUGUUAUCUGGUCUGGGGUUGGAGUUGAACUGUUUAAAGAUCUGUGUGCUGCUGCAGAUUGUUCAGAUACUGCGCGGAUAUCCAGAACGCGCGUUUGUGGAAUUUGCCGGUGUGCACAAUAAGUCAGAAAACCAGUUAUUGCAGAAGGUGGUCGGAAGAAUUGCUCGUCAGCGCCAAUUCAGCCUAGACGUGAAAAAAAUGAACUAUUCAAGACUAAGCAGCAGGCUAGAGCAGGACCUAGUUCCUUUACUCCGCUGUUCAGCUCUGCUGUUUAACAGUUUGACAGAUAUACCCCCAGGACAGCAGUUGUCACAGGACGGAGGAACUGUAUACAAGAACCUGUCAGUAUAUCUUGGUUUGCCGGUCAGCUUAAGCCUACUUCUGGAUACUCCAGCUGCCAACACCCUUCUAGAUAGCACUCUGUUGAAUAAACCUGAUUCAAACCAAGUGGAAACCAGCCCGUCCUUUCCACUUACCUUUAGAAGGUCUGUGCCUUGUCUAAAGCCUGGAGCCCAGAAGCAGUAUUUUCCAGUUGGAGGUCUGACCCAGAGCACAGAGUGGAGAGGAGGACUCAUCCCUCUUCCCAGGAUUGUUUACAUUCAACCCAGAUAUUUGUUUACAUUCAACCCAGAUAUUUGUUUACAUUUAACCCAGAUAUUUGUUAACAUUCAACCCAGAUAUAUGUUAACAUUUUUUCCAGCUAUUUGUUACCAUUUUACCCAGAUAUUUGUUAACAUUUUCAACCCAGAUAUUUGUUAACAUUCAACCCAGAUA